AUGAACUCGAACGCACAAUGCUUUGCACAGCUGGAGCAGGGCGUCAAGCUGCCCUCGAUAAGGAGUCUUCUGGACUCAAUCGGCGCGGAGCAGGAGGGCGGCGCGGAGACGCGACGCCCGCUGCCGGCGCUGGCGCUGCCGGCACUGGCGUCGACGUUGCCGGAGCGGCAGCAACAGCCGGACAACCAGCUCAGCCAACCACGCAACCAACAGCCUGGCCAGCAGCCGAACAACCUUCAGCUCAGCCAUCCACACAACCAACAGCCUAGCCAGCAGGCCCCGAGCGCUGCGCGGCGCGCGGCCGCGCCGCCACGGCGUAACAACCUGCCCAAGGAGACCGUCGAGAUCCUUAACGCGUGGCUCGCGUCGCAUCUCAACAACCCGUACCCGUCGCCGCAGGAGAAACGCGAGCUGCUCGUGCAGACGGGCCUCAGCAAGGUCCAGCUCAGCAACUGGUUCAUCAACGUGCGGCGCCGCAAGGUGUUCAGCGACUACUACCAGAUGUCGCGCGCGCGGCGGGCCGGCGCGCCAGACGAGGCGACGGACGCGGUGGGCGCCGCGGGCGCGCCGACCGCCACAGACGCGGACCUCGAGCUGCGGUUCCAGGCCGCGCCACUGACGCGGCGCAAGAAGCUCAUCGAUCGACUCGACGAGCUCAAAAAGGCGUCACAGGACAGCGCACGGCAGUGCCGUGGCCCCUACUAG